UGUUUCUAGAAAGGCACAAGGGCAUUUACUGUUUUCUUUUUGUUUGCUUUGUUUUUUUCAAAACAGUUUCUAUCCACAAGAGAUAUUGUGGGAUUGAGAUUGGAUUCUUGUCAAUGUAUUAUAGACUUCAAAACUGAUUGAUGAAUGUGAUGCACAUGUUGUCUUUGCUAAUGUUAGAAAUGGGUCUAUUCUCUUACACAAGUAUCAUGUGUUGUAUAUUUUCAAAAUAGUCAAAACAUCUAUUGCGCAUGGUUGGUCAUUAAAUGACUUCUGCUGUACUUGCCACAAGAAACUAGAGGUGAUACCAGGGAUGUAAUGAACCUCACUGCAAGCCUUAUAGAUUGUUUUCAUCUAUUUAUUUGCUUUGUGGUUUCUCAAUUUCUUAUAACGUUGAGAUGAUUUUAUUAUGCAGCCCUUGGUCUAUGGGAGGGCACCAACUCCCGCUGGCAUGGUUAUGUUGCCGAUGCUUCUGCCUGAUGGACGGAUUGGCUAUGUCAUGCAACAACAGGGAGCACAGCCUCACGCCCCUCCUUCACAUCAUCAGAGAGCUAGCAGCAGGAGUACCAGUGGGAGUGGUGGCAAGAGUCAAGGAAGCUCAGAUUGGGGGACACACAACAACGAUGGUGGGCAGGGGCGCAGCCAUGGCGAUCUAUCUACCCUCACCAUUGACGAUUCUAUCAUCGCUCACCCAAAUAUCUACCUAAACUCAGCCAUGGAGGUCCACAGUACUGGCGCCAUUCUUGAUUACACUGUCAAAGGUGGUGACUUCUUCGCACCACCGGUGGUUCUGCCAUUUUUUCCAACCGGGAAAAUCAUAGGUGGCCCGAGGUCUGACGCAACAUGCAUGUGCACUGAGUUUCCGAUGGUUUUCUUGAUUAUUUGUGCUGUUUUUGCAUUGAAGAUUCUUAGAAACCCUCUUGCUCGUUGA